AUGGCGGAGAGCAGAAACAAGACCCAGAAGCUACGUCCGCUUCCGCUUCCACUUCCUACCCAGGACGAGCUCAGGAAGAAACUCGCAGUGUCCAACUUCGAUCCCAAUGCCAUCCUUAGGGGAGCCCAGCUUACGGUCGUUGGAGCUCUACGAGCACUGCAGAAUCCCGCUCUCUUCACAUCUGAACAUUAUAAGCAGGCUGCCGUAGCUGUAGGGGCAGGCAUUGCCAUACGGCUACUCAUUCUCAUUCCGGUCGUAGCGAUCAAAGUCUUACUAUGGUUCUUGGGCUUCAUUUUCGACUUUACAAAUACAACAUGGGACGAUGACGUUGUCAGCGGGCUCGACUUUAUACAGAACUAUGUUCUACAAGUUCCCUUCUUCCUUAUGACAUUGAUGAGGUAUAUUACACCGACACUUGAUAAUAUGUUCAUGGAUUCGCUCGCCUGGGUAGACCAAACAUACUACGCAAAGCACAAAGGGGAAGACAUUUCGAGUCUACGAGAGACCUACUACCCGAAUUUACGGAAAUAUCCCACUAGAGACGGCAGCACAAACUCCACAAGUACGGCAGAGGCUGUCACUAUGUUCCUGAUGAGGUUUGGAAAGAAAGCAGGGCUGUCGCUUGCCGUAUUCGCUCUGUCAUAUAUCCCAUACGUUGGGCGUUUGGUGCUUCCAGCUGCUAGUUUCUAUACUUUCAACUCGGUAGCAGGGCUUGGCCCGGCAGCUAUCGUUUUUGGAACCGGUAUAUUUUUGCCCAAAAAAUAUCUGGUCAUCUUCCUGCAAAGUUACUUUUCCUCGAGGAGUUUGAUGAGAGAGCUUCUUGAACCAUAUUUCUCCAGAAUAAGGUUCACCAAAGAACAAAAAAAGCACUGGUUCCACGACAGAGAAGGGCUCUUGUUUGGAUUCGGUGUUGGAUUCUAUAUCUUUUUGCGAAUUCCUUUGCUGGGGGUUCUCAUCUACGGAAUUGCUGAGGCAUCGACGGCAUAUCUCAUCACCAAGGUCACAGAUCCGCCUCCAUCACCAGCUCAGAGUGAAGGCUUUGCGGCAAGCCAGCAACAAUGGAAGAACAAACACGAGUUCUUAAAUCUGAAAUUGUGGAACCUCGAUGCUCACACUGAACACAACGAUUCGGGCUCAAGUCAAGCUGCUCAAAAUCCAUUGCAUACUGCGAGCUCAUCUGGAGUUCCUUCAGGCUCGCCACCGCCAUACACCGAGCUGAGAUCAAGGUGA